UGCGUUUUUUUUGUGUUUUUUUUUUUGGAAAAAUUUUUGGAUCAUGUAAUCUAGGCGAAGUCGAGAAUCCAAAAAUCCAAAAAUUUUGGCUUACCAGAAAAUCAUGCAAAUUCUCUCACUCUCAAUAAUCAUCACUGUACUCUUCCAAUCAUCCUAUUCCAAUUAUCAAUCCUAUCACCACAAGGAUCACAUCAAUCCGAACCCACAACCUUAUCACCAAGGGAAUGCCUAUGAGCAUCAAGCCUAUCAAGGGCUCCAAAAUAUUCACGAUGACUUGGCGAAUCAAUACCAUCAGGAGCUUGGAUAUCCGACGGGGCCACCACUUCCACCGCCGCCUCCGCCACAGCCGGCUAAUGGAUAUCAAGAUCCCCAAAACUAUCAAAAUCACUACGAAUCUCCGCCAAGCCUGUCGUCAGCUUCUGCAGCUUCAUGUCUCUCAAGAAUCCGGCUGGCCGCCACGUUUGAUCCGAUAAUUUCAGCGAAAAUCAAUCGAUUUAUUGAUUCGAUGAGAAUCGAUCGGUUGAGGGCUUACGUUUGUGAACGGACGGCCUAUUUUUGCGAUGAAGUGCAACAAAAAGAGGUCGGCGACUUGUUUCAUCAAUACGAUCGAUCGAUAGAAAUAAUCGAUAAAGUACGUCACGAGUUGACGAGUACGGAGAAAGAUCAACUAAAUAUGAUGGAGAACUUGAAUGACACGUUGGCCGAGCAGACAUUCUUCGUUUACAAGUUUCAUCAACUAAACCCAGUCGACCUGGCGGUUCUAACAUCUGCGAAAGCUUCUCUCACCACUGCUCUUUCUGCAACAGACCCGGAUGCUUCAUUGAGCAAAGCGAUGGGCUCAUUUAGCCCUCAGGAUUUGGAAAGAAUGGCUGCUCUUCCAGUCUCCCAACUUCCCGAAGAGGUUCGAAGUCACUUGGCACGUUGCCAGAUAACUGCUCCAGAAGUCGUACACGAUACCGUGGCGUUUUUGUUGUCAGUGAUGGGAUCCAAGCAGACAAAUUAUCGGUAGAGCAUAGAGAUUUCGCGUAUUUCGCGCACAACAUAUUUGACGCGCGCAAAAUAUGUUGCGUUACCGUAAUAAAAUGAUGAAAUCGGAAUUUUAAUGA